UUUGUAACAACAAACCGUAAUCGUAAUAACAAACCAGCUCAGUAGCGCGCUAGCAUCAAAGUAGCUCAGUAGAAAACAGAGAGCAUGUUACCACGUUUAGUCAGCCAACUUGGAGGACCGGCGGUGCGAUUGUCCGCCCCAAGAUUACGAUUAGCUGGGCCGAUCUUGAUCACGCAACUGUCCCAAACCGUAACCGGCACCGAGAUGCUGCCGGCUGGUCAGAUCAGAUCCAUCUCACAGCAUUGGGGAGUCAGCUGCUAUCGCCACACCAAUACCAUUAGCAACGCAGCAGUAGUGCACAGUCAUCCGUCAGUGGUCCGGAGCGUCAAUCGACAACCUACGCGAAGCAUUCCCAAUCGGCUAUUUUCGAAAAGCUCCGUUAUCAGCAGAAAGAUGGUGGUUAAACUAACUGAGGAACAGCGGUCCGAGCAGCUGAAGCCACUUUUCGCUUCCGGCUGGACCAUGGUCGAGGGCCGUGACGCCAUCUACAAGGAGUUCCUGUUCGGGGACUUUAACGAAGCGUUCGGGUUUAUGACGCGCGUCGCACUGAAAGCGGACAAGAUGGACCACCAUCCGGAGUGGUUCAACGUGUACAACAAGGUGCAGGUGACGCUCGCUACCCACGACUGCGGUGGUUUGAGCGAGCGUGACGUGAAGCUGGCCCAGUUCCUGGACAAGGUUGCCACUGUUACCAAGUGAAACGAUGGGGUGGGGGGAUCUCUGAUCUCUGUGCCCGGAGAUGCGUGAGAUGGAAGAGGUUGAGCCAACAACGUGAACAAACACUACGAACCUUAAAGGCAAUCAAUCCAACAUAGCUUAAUAAAAUGCAAUGCGAUCUGAUACACGUUUAA